CGCACGGCGGGCGGACAGCAUGCUGAGCCUCCUCGUCUGGAUCCUCACUCUCUCCGAUACUUUCUCCCAAGGGACCCAGACCCGCUUCAGCCAGGAGCCAGCCGACCAGACUGUGGUGGCCGGACAGCGGGCCGUGCUCCCCUGUGUGCUGCUCAACUACUCUGGGAUUGUGCAAUGGACCAAGGACGGGCUGGCCCUGGGCAUGGGCCAGGGCCUCAAAGCCUGGCCGCGGUACCGGGUCGUGGGCUCCGCGGACGCCGGGCAGUACAACCUGGAGAUCACGGAUGCCGAGCUCUCUGACGACGCCUCCUACGAGUGCCAGGCCACGGAGGCCGCCCUGCGCUCCCGGAGGGCCAAGCUCACCGUGCUCAUCCCCCCGGAGGAUACCAGGAUUGACGGAGGCCCUGUGAUUCUGCUGCAGGCAGGCACCCCGCACAACCUCACGUGCCGAGCCUUCAACGCCAAGCCUGCAGCCACCAUCAUCUGGUUCCGGGACGGGACACAGCAGGAGGGUGCCGUGGCCAGCACGGAGUUGCUGAAGGAUGGGAAGAGGGAGACCACCGUGAGCCAGCUGCUCAUUAACCCCACAGACCUGGACAUCGGGCGUGUCUUCACCUGCCGCAGCAUGAACGAGGCCAUCCCGAGUGGCAAGGAGACUUCCAUCGAGCUGGAUGUGCACCACCCUCCUACAGUGACCCUGUCCAUUGAGCCACAGACGGUGCAGGAGGGUGAGCGUGUCGUCUUCACGUGCCAGGCCACCGCCAACCCCGAGAUCCUGGGCUACAGGUGGGCCAAGGGGGGGUUCGUGAUUGAAGAUGCCCACGAGAGUCGCUAUGAGACGAAUGUGGAUUAUUCCUUCUUCACGGAGCCCGUGUCCUGUGAGGUGCACAACAAAGUGGGGAGCACCAACGUCAGCACUCUAGUAAAUGUCCACUUUGCCCCCCGGAUCGUGGUUGACCCCAAACCCACAACCACAGACAUUGGCUCUGAUGUGACCCUCACCUGUGUCUGGGUUGGGAAUCCCCCCCUCACUCUCACCUGGACCAAAAAGGACUCAAACAUGGUCCUGAGUAACAGCAACCAGCUGCUGCUGAAGUCGGUGACUCAGGCAGAUGCCGGCACCUACACCUGCCGGGCCAUCGUGCCUCGGAUCGGAGUGGCUGAGCGGGAGGUGCCACUUUACGUGAACGGGCCCCCCAUUAUCUCCAGCGAGGCGGUGCAGUACGCUGUUAGGGGUGACGGUGGCAAGGUGGAGUGUUUCAUUGGGAGCACACCACCUCCAGACCGCAUAGCCUGGGCAUGGAAGGAGAACUUCCUGGAGGUGGGCACCCUGGAGCGCUACACCGUGGAGAGAACGAACUCGGGCAGCGGGGUGCUGUCCACGCUCACCAUCAACAACGUCAUGGAGGCCGACUUUCAGACCCACUACAACUGCACCGCCUGGAACAGCUUUGGGCCGGGCACUGCCAUCAUACAGCUAGAAGAGCGAGAGGUGUUACCUGUGGGCGUCAUCGCCGGGGCCACCAUCGGCGCGGGCAUCCUGCUCAUCUUCUUCUUCAUCGCCUUGGUAUUCUUCCUCUACCGGCGCCGCAAAGGCAGUCGCAAGGAUGUGACCUUGAGGAAGCUGGACAUCAAAGUGGAGACAGUGAAUCGAGAGCCACUCACGAUGCAUUCAGACCGAGAGGACGAUACCGCCAGUGUGUCCACAGCGACCCGGGUCAUGAAGGCCAUCUACUCGUCCUUUAAGGAUGAUGUGGAUCUGAAGCAGGACCUGCGCUGCGACACCAUCGACACCCGGGAGGAGUAUGAGAUGAAGGACCCCACCAAUGGCUACUACAACGUGCGUGCCCACGAAGACCGCCCGUCUUCCAGGGCAGUGCUCUAUGCUGACUACCGCGCCCCUGGCCCUGCCCGCUUCGAUGGCCGCCCCUCAUCCCGUCUCUCCCACUCCAGCGGCUAUGCCCAGCUCAACACCUACAGCCGGGCCCCUGCUUCCGACUAUGGCCCUGAGCCUGCGCCCCCUGGCCCUGCUGCCCCAGCUGGCACUGACACAACCAGCCAGCUGUCCUACGAGAACUAUGAGAAGUUCAACUCCCAUCCCUUCCCCGGGGCAGCUGGGUACCCCACCUACCGACUGGGCUACCCCCAGGCCCCAACCUCCGGCCUGGAGCGGACCCCAUAUGAGGCGUACGACCCCAUCGGCAAGUACGCCACGGCCACUCGAUUCUCCUACACCUCCCAGCACUCGGACUAUGGCCAGCGAUUCCAGCAGCGCAUGCAGACUCACGUGUAGGGGCCAGAGCCUGGCUGGGGCAUCUCUGCGGGGCAGAGGAGAAGGCUUUCACAGCUGUUCCCUGAUAUUCAGGGGCAUUGCUCAUUGCUCCCUUCUCGGACCAGCCUUCCUCCUCCGCCGUGGCAGGUGGGGAGCAGGUCUCCCAGAAACACCCCGUCCUGAGGAUGGUGCUCUGUGCAUGCCCCAGCCUCCCGGGCCUGCCCUUCCCUCUUCUUCGGGAGGGUGUGUCUCUCCUGACCUGCGCUCUUGCCUGACCCCAGCAAGGGGACAGGGAACAUGAAGGUUGGGGAGAGCAGAGGGGGCACUUUUUAGCAUUCCCUUUUUACCCCACCCUUCUGGUCUCCCGUAAGUGGGAAAGGGGGUAUGUGGGGGUGGGCAGGCUUUGGCCUAGGGGACAUGGAGUAUGGCAGUGGGUGGCUCUGGCACAGGCAGGUGGAAAACGGCAUAGUCCGGCCAGUCCCUCUGUUGUGUGCAUCCAUGCCCUGAGUGCAUCUCUCCCUCCUUAGGGACUGCAGAAGGGACCUUGGAUUUAUUUUAGCUCUUGUCUGCCGAACAGCCCUGGCACUGAGUUCAAAUCCAGCCCUCAUUCAGCCGGGAUCAAAAUGCCAGUCACUCUGGCUGCCCACUGUGGACACCUGUCUGUUAGCGUGCAGGGGGAGCCAGGAGUCCCCAGCAGCACUGCCCGCUUUCCUUCUCUUUGCUGUGCCAGCAAGAUAAGUCGGGGUCCUGGUGGAGAAGGACCGUGUCCUAAUUGACCAAGAGACCAAUGUUGCGUAGCAGCUUCCAGAACCGACACUAGAGGGAGCCACCCAAGCCCCCUCUCUCCCUGUCUGCCCCACUUCCUCGCUUUGACUCUGAGCCCGCUUCAGGAGGGGUGAGGUAGGGUGGGGUGCUAUGGGCUAUCUUUCAA